AUGGAACUUGACGAGGCAUCCACAGCUGACGGCUAUUAUGAUCGAAUCAAGGCUAUUUGUGGACAAAUCAGGGUCAAAGUUUUCGAAGCACUUCAAAGGCUUAGACAGAAUAAUGCUCUAUAUCGUAAUGUUACAAUUAAUCAAUUAAUAAUCAGCAAAUUACCUGAAGAUGAUGUACCGGAGUGUUUAUGGGCAACCAUGAAAGUUUCUACUAAUGUAGAAGCAGCUGAAAAUGAAAGAGCAAGUUACCUUCCUGAUCCGUUGACCAAUGCAUCUGAAUUUAACAAUACAACAGCUAUACCUAUAAUCUCAAGUGCUGUGUUAGAUGUCAAUGGUACCAAAGUGUCGUCUGAUGAAGUUGCUGAACAUCUUUUAGAACGAAUCAAAGCACAAGUGCCAGAAAAAACACACGGAAAAGACACCGAGCAAAACUCUAAACAAGACACUGUAUACAUAAUUCCUCGUGGCAACAAACCGGCCAAAGAAUAUUCUAAUCCAAAUCUUUUAUUAGAAAUCUUUCCUACCCUAUUCCCAUAUGAAUGUGGUGGGCUUGAGGAUGGUUCUCGACCGAUUCAAAUCAAUUUUCGUGAGCAUCUCAGAUAUCUUCUUUCGUAUGCAGAUCGCCGCUUUGAAGAACACUAUUCAUUUAUAUUCGUUGUCUUCAAUAUUUUACAACGCCGAACAGCAUGUUUCCAUGCCCAAUUAAUGACAACAAGAUCGUGGUUUCAACAAUCUGCACAAGUUCUUAACUCAUUGAGUUCUGAAGAUGUAGCAGCAGCCCUUAUUAAUAUCUCAAAAGCGCCUUAUUCAAAAGUUACUGACGAGAGAAUAAAUACGUUGAUGAAGCACAUCAAAAUUAUUGGUGGUCACGUCAUGGGUUCAGCUCAUUCCCGAUCAGCUCUUCAUGAAACCAACGACGGAGCAAGUACGACAAGCGACAGUAGAACAUUAAUUGGAGAAAUUGGAUCGACAGCAAGUGAAGUUAUACCACCAUGUCUCCCAACAUCAACCCCUGCAUCGGAAGACUUCGAUCAAACGUUUCGCAAAGAUGUAGUUCAAUUGGUCGAAAUCUGCAAUAUUCACAAGCAUUCUGCAACUUGCUAUAAAUAUUCUAAAGGCAAAAAUGAUAGUUCAAAAAGGUGUCGAAUGGGCAUGCCACGCGCACUAGUGAAUGUUUCUAAUAUUGACCUUACAACAGGUCAGAUAACUAUGCGUCGAUCACAUCCGUGGAUCAAUAACUUUAAUGAAUGGUUUUUAAGUGCGUGCCGAUCGAAUAUGGGCAUUAAAUUCAUCUGGAGUGGUAACGACGCCAAAGCAUUAGUCUACUAUAUAACUGAUUAUGUAACAAUGUCUACUCUGGCCUUCCACGAUAUGUUUGCGCUUGCACAACAAGAGACUUCAACGCCUUACUACGAUGAACAAGGAGAAGAUAAAAACGAAAUCGAAGAACAAUUUUUAUUAGAACCCACAAAAACCAACAACGGCGAUCAGUAUGUCUUGGUCAAUACUCGUCUUGAUUAUCAGCAUCGAUCAAAGGAUCUUAGUGCAGUGUGUUUAUAUGAUUUCGUUAGCCAUUUUCAUAAGAAGGUUAUCAACAAAUCGGAUCGUCGUUUACUAAAGAAUGUAACCAAUUCUCAAGGCCAACAAUUACCUACAGAAGGAACGAAAAUGAAUGAACAUCAUACAUUUGACAGCGCACAUCCACAAUCAUUAUCUCAUCUCAUAAUUAAACGUUCCAUUCCAGUAGUACCAGUCCUGAUAGGUCCUCAAAUACCUCGCCGCGAACGAGAAGAAACGCAUGAACGUUAUUGUCGCGCAUUGUUAACAUUAUUCGUUCCAUGGCGAUCAGUUCAGGACCUUUGUGCACUGAAUGAGACAUGGUCAGAAGCAUUGGAAGCUCGAAGAUUAUUUAUCUCUUCCAACUCGCUUAAGAUUAUAGAAAAUAUAAAGCUUUUGCACGAAUGCAAACACGAUCGAGAUGAGCACCUUUAUCAAGUUCUUUUAGAAGCCCAAAAUGAAAACAACAUUGACCCUAUUUUGAUGCCUAACUACUAUGAAGGUGAUGAAAAUGCAGACGAAGAUGAUCCAGAACAACUUUUGCAAAUGCUCUCCAUCGUAAAUGAGACCACCACAAACGCUUACUCUGCAUUGACAGUUACUCAAGAAUAA